AUGGUAAGCGCUCUUUCUGAAGCAUUUAAAGAUUUUAGACCAAAUCCACCAACAUUCUUACCAAAAGAUUAUCCAGACUUAACCGAUAAAGUUGCAUUAAUCACGGGUACAACUUCAGGUAUUGGUUAUGAAACUGCUAAAGCUUUAUUAAAGCAAAAGGCAACGGUGAUUUUGAUUAAUAGAAGUACAACAAGAUCUCAAGAUGCUGUUACCAAAAUGAAAUCAGAACUUGAUGUUAAUAUUAAUGACGAUAAAAUUCAUUUAGUUGAAGCAGAUUUAAGUGAUUUAGGAAGUAUCAAACCAGCAAUUGAAAAAUUAAUCAAAGAAACACAAAUAAACAAGAUCCAUUAUGCAAUUUAUAAUGCUGGUGUUAUGAGACCACCAAGAGGUACUCUUACAAAACAAGGAUAUGAAGCACAAAUCGGUAUCAAUUCAUUAUGUCAUCAUCUUUUAAACAAAUUCAUUGAACCUUUAUUACUCAAUGCUGUUGAUAAAUCCACAAAUUUCAAUCCAAGAACAAUUUGGAUAGGUUCAUUAGCACAUUUUUCAUCUCCAAAAGAUGGUGGUAUAGAUUGGGAUAGUUUCCAAAAUGCUGAAUUAUCAGAUUCUACUGUCUCUUAUGCACAAUCUAAAACUGCAAAUACAUAUCAAUCAUAUAUCCAAUCUCAAAGACUUAAAGAUCAAGGUGUCUUAAGUUUUACAAUUAAUCCUGGUUAUAUUGGCUCUGAUGCUGCAAGAUCAAUGGGGAGUGUUGUUAAUUAUAUUUGGAAAAAAACUACAUAUCAUCCAGUUAAAGGUUCUUAUGUUGUCCUUUUUGGUGCUUUGUCUCCAAAUAUUGGAUUGGAAGAUUCUGGUAAAUAUAUUGGUCCAUGGGGUGAAUUUAGAGAACUUAGAGAAGAUAUUGAAGCAGGUUUUACUAAUGGUACAGCUGCUAAAUUUGAAAAAUGGGCUGAUGAACAGGUUGAACCAUACUUAUGA